UUGCAUAACAGUCAUCACUCUUCUCCUGCGCUGGGACAUUAUUUGUAUGAAAGCGGCAGAGCACUCACUCAUGGGAAGAGCUGCAUUUUCCUGUUUCACAGAAUCUGAGUGAAAUCAGAAUUUACUGUUCCCACUGGCUGCCUUAACGAGUCGACCAUUGCCGCCACUGAACAAAGUGACUCCUACGCCUGCCAAGGCAAAGAAGUGGAUAUGUCACUUGGAAUCAAGAGCCUGCUACCCUUCAGCAAGCUGUAAGAAGAGGACUUUUGGGAGGCGCGGCUGCGAAAUGGGUGUGGUGGGAAGAGGAACUUUGACGCUGGCAGAGAAGAGCUGUGAAGUCACACCUACACGCCCACGCUAAACGAACGUGCAGAAAAAGAAGAAGAACAAGAUAUUCAAGCACGAUGCACCUCUAAUACACACUGUUGUUAUUAUUAUUAUUUUUUAUUUCUAAAGCUUGGAAGGUGUGGAGGCAGCUUUCUGGUGUACGGAACAAGGUACAGUUAAGUUUGUUGACUGACGUGGGUGGAAUCAUUGUUUCCCUCGCAAAUGCUUUACUUGAAUGUGUGGUGAUAUUUCCGUUUCCUUAUCAAUUGAGUUGAAUUGACCAGACUCAGUGCUCUCACCUUGCUGCUAAAGUUAUUUUACUCCGUUUUUUUGCAAUCCAACAUAAGGGUCUUACUGUCUGGCAUAGACAUAAACGCCACAUUGUUCAGCUUUCAAAAUAAAAUAAUGCAUUGAGCAAUUGACACGUUGUAACGGUGCUUUGUAUGGGCGAUGGGUGCAGUCAUAGCACACGCUGUUACUUGACACGACUACAGAGAUUGUUCAAAUAUUCCAGAACAAUGAGCCUGGUGCAGCUGCUGAGAAGCCACAUCUUUGGCCAUCUGAUCAUCUGCUACGUGUUCCUGGUCAGCGGCAUCAUCAUCAACGUGCUGCAGUUAUGCACCCUACCUCUGUGGCCGCUCAACAAACAACUGGCCCGAAAGGUCAACUGCAGACUCGCGUACUGCAUCAGCAGCCAGAUGGUAGCAGUUUUGGAGUGGUGGUCUGGAACGGAAUGCAUCCUCUAUACUGACCCAAAGACAUACCCUUUGUAUGGAAAAGAAAAUGCAAUUGUGGUUCUCAACCACAGUUUUGAGAUAGACUUUCUGUGUGGCUGGACCUUCUGUGAGCGAUUGGGAGUUCUCGGGAGUUCCAAAGUACUUGCCAAAAAGGAGUUGGCUUACGUACCUGUCAUUGGUUGGAUGUGGUACUUCCUGGAAAUCGUGUUCUGCAAGAGAAAAUGGGAAGAGGACAGAAAGACAGUGGCUCAAAGUCUUCAGAACCUAAGGGACUACCCUGAAAACUAUUGGUUUUUGCUUUACUGCGAAGGAACUCGAUUCACACCAAAGAAGCAUGAGAUCAGCAUGCAGGUAGCAGAAACCAAAGGUUUGCCUAAACUUAAGUAUCAUCUUCUACCAAGAACCAAAGGCUUCUGGGUCACAGUUCAAAAUCUCAGAGGAACCGUCAAAGCGGUGUAUGACUCUACACUUAACUUCAGAAACAACGAAACACCAACUCUGCUUGGAAUUCUAAGCGGAAGGAAAUACCAUGCAGAUUUAUAUGUGAGGAGAAUCCCACUUGACGUCAUUCCAGAAGAUGAAUCUGAGUGUGCUGAUUGGCUCCACAAACUCUACCAGGAAAAGGAUCAUUUUCAAGAGGGCUACAUGCAGACGGGGAAGUACCCCGGUCCUAUAGUGAACGCUCCACGCCGCCCCUGGUCCUUGAUCAACUGGUUGUUCUGGUCCUGCCUGGUCCUGUAUCCACUUGGCCUGCUCUUAGUACAGCUCAUCAUUUCAGGAUCAGUGGGGACCAUCUUGGUUUCGACAGCGCUCUGCAUUGCAGGUUCAGUGGGAGUUCGUUGGAUGAUUGGCCAGACUGAGAUUAACAGAUCUUCAAACUAUGGGAGCAAGACAGCUACUCAGAACAACAACCGAGAAAACCAAAAUGCACUUGUAGAUGCGUCAUAACCUAGUUCCUGCAAAUUGAAGAAUUUAUGACUCCACUUCUGUUUUCUAAAGCACAAUGCAGCAGUGUACUCCUGAGGAUGAUGUGGCGAGUGCUUGAAAGAAUGUUUUUUAGUUUGCUUGGAAAAAUGUCAUUUUUGAGCAAGCAUACGUAAUACUGUAUGACUUACGUAAUACUGUAUGACUUUCAAAUUAAAAGUCACAGCAAGCUCAGCAACUACUUCAAAUGAUGUAAAAUAAACAAAUAACCAUAACAAUGUUAAAUCACAUAUGAAUAAAAACAACUAUAUUAUGUUUGGAAUAGUUCCAUUAAAUGACUACUUUUAAGUUUAUAUUACUGUUGACUUCUAAUAGGGUAUAAUAUGUUACCCUAAUUGUAAAAUGACGGUACAGUAUACAGUAUGUUUGACAAUCAUCCACCACAAGCACACUUUGUCUCUGGGAAAUUAUUUAAUAAUCCACAUUUUGUAUUGAAUUACUGUGCAAAUACUAUAAUGUAUCUAAUAAUCCUCCAUCUUGCUUCCAAGCAACCUUUUUUUUCUUGUGAAUAGAAUAGGAAUGA